CCACUUCCGGGACAUGACAGCAAGCUGACGCGCAGACCGGAAGUGUUGGCCUGGCUAGCUGUGUGCUAGCUGUGUGGAUGUGUGCAGUUAGCUGGAAGACGAUGGUGUCGUCGUGUCGCAGAUAAAUGUUCGAGCGCUGAUGAAGCAACAAUGUCUUCAGUUCAGUGUCUGAGAGACUUUGUCCACGAGCGACUAACUGCUGCUGCUGAAGAGAUAUUCAGAGUGUUCGAACAAACUGUCCUCGAGUACGAGGAAGAGAUCGAUCGACAGAGAAGACUGUUGGACAUCGCGUGGAAACCGGAGAUAAAGCUCCACAGGACAGAGUUCCCCCGGACACAUGUCUGGAAGAAGAGGAAGACUCUCAGCGCCCAGCAGCUCUGUGCCCGGGACAGGAACUCAGGUCUGGACCAAGAGGACCCUGCUGCUGCUGGAGAAAGACCUGGAGUCAGCAGAAGUAUUAUCCACUUCAGUGAAGAGAUCGAUGGACAGCGCAGACUGCUGGACAUCGUUUGGAGCCCGGAGAUAGAGCUCCAGAGGACAGAGCCUCAAGAGCCUCAAGAGCCUCAAGAGCCCCCACAGCAACAUGUCUGUAAGGAGGAGGAGCUUCUCACUGACCAGGAGAGGAACCCCAGUCUGGACCAAGAGGAUCCAGAGCCUCCACAGAUUAAAGAGGAGCAGGAGGAGCUCUGCACCAGUCAGGAGGGAGAGCAGCUUGUCCUGAAGCAGGAGGACGAUACCUUCAUGUUGACGUCUCCUUAUGAGGGAAGUGAUCACAGUGAACCAGAACCAACCAGUGAGCAGCCGCUCCUCUCCCACAUCUCUCCUGGAGCUGAGAGCCGAGCUCAGAGAGGAAGUGAGCAUGUGGACCCAGGACCGACUAGAGAUGAAGAGUCUCAGAGAAACAACUCCCCCCCGACACAGAGUCACUGCUCCACUCACACAGGGAAGACGUCUUUCUCAUGUGACACUUGUGGAAAAGGGUUUGAUGUCAAGUCCAAACUGGACAAACAUCUGAGAAUCCACACAGGUGAGAAGUCGUUUUCUUGUGAAACUUGUGGGAAAUUUCUCACCUCUAAGUUGGGCUUUUUGAUCCACAUGAGAAACCACACAGGUGAGAAGCCGUACACCUGCAACACAUGUGGGAAACAAUUUAGCAACAACUCUGCAUUGAGAACCCACAAAAGAACCCACACAGGUGAGAGGCCGUUUUCUUGUGACACCUGUGGGAAAACCUUCGGUCGGAAGGUUCACUUGGAGGAGCACAUUAGUCGUCACACGGGCGAGAGACCGUUUUUCUGCAAACUCUGUGGGAAAAAUUUCAAGCAGCGGUCGGCCCUGAGAGUGCACAUGAGACUCCACACGGGUGAGAGGCCGUUUUCAUGUGAGCUGUGUCAGAAAACCUUCUUGACCAAUUCAAACUUGCUGGUCCACAUGAGGGCUCACACAGGUGAGAAGCCGUAUUCCUGUGACACUUGUGGGAAAGCUUUUCUCUGUAAGUCCAGGUUAACCUUACACCUGAGGGUUCACACGGGUGAGAGGCCGUUCUCUUGUGACUUCUGCGGAAAAACAUUCACUCGGAAGGUUCACUUGGAAGAGCACAUUCGUCGCCACACGGGCGAGAGACCGUUUUUCUGUGAAAUAUGCGGAAAAAAUUUCAAACAGAGGUCGGCCCUGAGAGGUCACAUGAGACUCCACACGGGUGAGAAGCCAUAUAUCUGCAACAUGUGUGGGAUGAGCUUUAUUCAUGCAGCAUCCUUAAGAAAGCACAUUAGGAUCCACACGGAGGAAAACAUGUUAAUCCCCGAAGAUGUGGGAGAAAUUUCCCGUGUUGUGGUGAAUUGACUGAAUGUGACCAGAGUCCUCACUGGUGAGAAACCUCAUCACUGCAGCACCUGAUGGGAAAGAGAUGUGUCUCGGUUAGGAGGUCACCUGGGAUCACAGACAGUACAGUCACAUGUGGUGUUGUGAACUUUGUGGGAGAGGAGCAGUUGUGAGUUUCAUGGACACGACGCACAAGAAGCCACAGAAGUGAAGAGCCACAUAAUCAAAGCUCUUUCCUAAAAGUGUUUCUAAUCCACCCAGUUGAGAGAACAGCUGAGAAUCAGUUUCCACAGAAGAAACCAUCAAGACGAAGCUUGUGGAGACGAGUUGAUCCUCGUGACCGUGCUCCUCACAUUUCUGUUUGCAGCAGUAUUUCUCUGAAACAACCGGGAGCCGCCGAGUCUUCAGAGCGAGUCCCUCGUUCAUACAAAUGUGUUUGGCCUCUUCAAUAAUUAUGUCUUUUUAAUAUUCAUAUUCUCCACCUCAGUUAUAUGAGUGUGGUCAUCCUGCCAGAUAGAUUCUUUGAUUCUCUUCCUCCAGCUUGUUUGUUCAUUUUCUAUGUGAUGUAUUGUGGGAUUGAAUCCACUUGAUAGUACUUGGCAGUGCAGUUUGUUUACCUGACAGCCACAGCCACUGUGCUGUCAUGAAAAUGCAGAAUGAGUUUAUAAAAUAUAACUUAUAUGAAAACAUAAAAUAUUCCAUUGAUUGUCUUUAUACUGCAUCUGGAAUUCACAGAUAUUAAAUAUAUUAUCACGGUUAAUAAAAAAAGUAAAUAUGAUGUUUUUGUUUAGAUUGAUUUCAUGUUAUUUAAAAAAUAAAAAUAAAAAAAAACAUUUGUAGUCAGUUACAUUUACUUCAGUUUAAGUUACUACUCUGAAAAAUCAUUACAUACAAACAAUGAGUAAAAUACAAAUAUUGUAGAUGUCAGAAAUUUGUGCAUGAAGCACUAAAGGAUCAAGACAAGGGCGUAGAAAACAAAUUGGCCUUUACCCUGCAUAUUAAAAAAUAAGAAUAUAAUUGCACAUGUACCUUUUAAGAUGAGUUAAAUCACACAAAACGAGUUCCCUGACACACAACUUCAGGUUGUCAACAGUGGGACACUAGUUAACAUAAACCAAUCCUAUUAUUAAUUAACCUCACACAUUUGUAACAACAUAACACUUAUAAUAUAAUCCCAGAGUGUGAGUUAAUGUCAAUGUUAUGAUCUGCCAAUACCAAAGUUUCAACACUAUCUAGGAGGUUAACCAGUAACAGCACAGUACAGGGAACUAACAAAGAAUAAGGACUUCUAAUAAUAUACUUUCAAAUACGUGAAUAAAGUAAAUAAUGUUUUUAACCUUAGUGUUUCUUUUAAUUAAUGCUAUAAGCUUCUACGUUUUAUUAAUCCUUGUAAUUUCUAGUAACUCUGCUCAUUUGUAGAGCUGCUGUGUUGUAUACUCCUACCAGAACCUUUUCCUCAUGUGAGUACACACUCUACCACAACCUGCCAACAGGCAUCUGCUUCGUACAAUAAGUUACACCAGUUCAACUGAGAUCGAGACUCUUGUGACACACACAGACACACACACUUGGCUGAGUGUGUGUGUCAGUUCAGUGUUAACCUGAAGAGCUGCUCUGUUGUACAGUUCAACCACAGUUGUUUUCCUGUGUGUGCGUCCAGAGCAAAGUCCGUUAGUUGUUUAUUUGUCGGCCACAUCGUCACUGCAUCUUUGUGUGUGUCUUUGUUGUGUAAUCCUUGUGACUGCUUUAUUCCUUGUUAGCUUGUGUUUUAGCCUGUGCAUUGUAGCUAAGCUAAAGGCUACUUGAUAGCUGUGUGGCUGAUAAGGUUUAUUAUGAUUGCGCUUUUAUUUGUAGAACCACACACACACAGACACACACAUCUUUCUGUUGAAACUCUGCUGGAUUAAAGAGCAGGAACCUGAACAA